GUGUAUGUAAUGAAAAAUAAUCAAACAAAAAAUAAACAUAAAAACAAUAAAUGAACAUAAAGGCUGCAAAUAAAUUCAGUGCAGUUCCUUCCUAUUUCUGUGGCCCUAUAUGUUGUCUUAUAUUGCAGGUUUGUCAUCACUAUGUUCCACCAUUCACUCCCACUAGAAAUGAUUUAGUCAUGCUUCUAGGGGGGGUUAAAUCACUUGCUUAUCAUUACGUAAUUACUGUCAAUUUAAAUGUAAACAUCUCCAAUGUUAUACAUGCUCUGGGUCAGCAAGGGUUUACAAUAGGUUCAAUAUUCUGGACAGUCAAGGGUUAACACUGAGGCCCCAGCAUGCAUAUGGCUAUUUGGACAAUCUGGGCACACUUCCGGUAAUACUGUGAGAGGGACCUGGCAACUUUGCUUACGUGGAAUUUUCAGCUGAGAGAGGAACACAUGUGGUUUUACAAGCUCCAUUGCAUUUUGGAAGGAAACUGUUCUGUUCGAUGACCUAAUCCCUGAAUCAUGGGAUCCAGUCUAGUUUCACAACUUUUGUCUUAAAUGCACUGAAUGUGGUACCUGCAUAAGACAUCCUAGUGAAGGAGCAGAUCAGUCUCUGUGUCUGAGUCACUGCAAGCUGGAAGGAGCACUAGGCUAGCGGAGCAGACGACAGCAGAGCACCAUGACCUACCGCAUGUUUGAGGAGAAACACCAUGCCUCCAUCUACCAGAGGUACCGCUUUGUACCCCCAGGGGAGAUCAGAGACAUCAUCCUGCAUUACCUGGAAAGGAAGAAAGUCCAGCCUCAUGCCCUAGCUGUGGACCUGGGCUGUGGGACAGGGCAGAACUCACGCCUGAUGGCCCCACACUUCCAGGAAGUGGUGGGCAUUGACAUCAGCGAGUGCCAACUGGAGGAGGCCAGGGCAGUGGCAGGAUUCAACAACAUCACCUACAGGAAAGGGACAGCUGAGGAGCUGCCGUUUCCGGAUGCUUCUGUGGACCUACUGACUGCAGCCUCAGCGGUCCAUUGGUUUGACCAGCAGCGGUUCCUCUUGGAGGCAGGCCGGGUCCUGAAGCCUUGUGGCUGCAUGGCUCUGCUUGGCUUUGAUGAUAACUUCAGACUCCAUUACGGCUCAUGUGGGGACAGACUCACUGACAUCUGUGAUGAGUUCAAGAAGGUGCUGUUACCAUACACCUGCACACAGGUAACAGUGGCCAACAUCAAACUACAGGAGCUUUACACUGCUAUCCCCUUCCCUGACAAAGAGAGGGUUGAGUGUAUCCCACUGAAGCAGCAGAUCUCAGUGAGGAACAUAGUGGGCUUCAUGGAGUCCUUCUCCAUGUACCAGGCCUUCCAGAGGGCCGAGCCUGAUGCUGCCACCGCACUGCUGCAGAGAACACUCGACAGGUUUCUGAAGGAGAUGGGAGUCACAUCACCAGACACACUCAUGGAAAUGACGCUGGAGUAUUUCUGUGUCCUGGCGUCUAAACCGGAGUGAACACUCUUUACAGUGUGAAUGUGUUUGUGUGUAGACAGAUAUUUCUUCAGCUUGUGUCAAUCAUGUUUAAGGUGUUGAUAAGUAGUAUUCUGUUCACAUAAGAAGUCAUUGAAAUCCCUUUGGUUGUCUCUUUUAUGCAUUGUAAUAUAGAGCAAACUAUUAGCCUUAGUCACAUCAUUAUCAAAAUGCUUGCCACAUUUAGUAUCUUCCUUGCCUGAGAUUUACAAUAAAAUGUCUGCAGACACAA